ACUGGACGGAGGCUGUGGAGCACAGGCCAUAUGUGGGGACUCACUUCCAACUCCAUCAAACUUUCGGUUUUGGUUAUCGUGCAGUUUGCCCAUGUGCGACGACAUCGUCUAGCCAUACAGAUAUCGAGCCGCACAGCGAUUCAAGAUGGCGGCCGUCCCUCGUGCACGGCUACUGGACUUGAUGAAGGUCCAGUGCCAGGUCUUCUCGACUACCUACAACCCCGAAAGAAUACGAAUGGGAAAUAAGAUUCUUCGCCAAAGGCUUCGAGGACCGUCGCUAGCGAAAUAUUAUCCCCCGAGGGGCCCCACGAUAAAUACAUUAGAAAAGGAAUUCAGGAGCCUGGAACUAGAGACUUUGGAUGAAGAAGAGGAUGAUCGACAAGAACAUCUAGCAGGGCAAGUCGCCCUCGUGUAG